UAUCCGGUGGGCGGAGUUUCAAUUCAAACUUUGAGCGCCUUGUGAGGGAAAGGGGAACGUUGUGAACGGAAAAGUAAAACAGGAAGCUCGGCGCCGAGUUUCGGGAAUACCGGACUACCGCGAAUGUUAUAGGCGCCGGGCGGAGGACACAGCGGGGAGAUGGCGGCCACAGUGAUGAACGUUCGCAAUCUCUUUGAGCAUUUACUGCGUCAGGUGGAAGGUCUCAAUGAGGGUGUUGAACCACAAUUCAUUCAGCUUGCCAAGAAUUUUGAGGAUUUUCGGAGGAAAUGGCAAAAAACAGAGCAUGAAAUUGUGAAAAACAGAGAGGUGCUGAUGAAGACCGAGACCGAGCGCAGCGCUCUGGAAGUAAAGCUGAAACAUGCUCGCAAUCAGGUUGAUGUGGAGAUUAAAAGAAGGCAGCGUGCAGAAGCAGAGUGCGAGAAACUGGAGCGUCAGAUUCAGUUAAUAAGAGAGCUGCUGAUGUGUGAUCCCUCCGGCAGCAUCCAGCUCAGCGAACAGCAGAGGAGUGCUUUAGCCUUCCUUAAUAAUAGAACUCGUCUGUCUACUGAUGGCAAUGGGACUAGAAGAUUAUCUACAAUAGAUGAGUCUAACUCUAUCCUGUCUGACAUCAGUUUUGACAAGACCGAAGAUUCUUUGGACUGGGAUUCAUCUCUAGUGAGAAAUGUGAGGCUGAAGAAAAGAGAAAAGCGGCGCUCUUCCAGGCACCAGACGGAAGGUCCUCCUGUUCCAUCAAAGCGAACACGUUCCUUUGGAUUAGCUGUUGAUGCGGCCAAUGAGUCCAUAAUAACUAAAACCACAGUGACCGUUCCAAACAACGGAGGUGUUAUUGAAGCCGUGUCAACCAUUGAAACUGUACCAUACUAUACACGCAGCCGCAAGCCUGCUCAACUGCAGCAAUGGAGUAGUGACUCUAGUUUGAGAUCAAUUCAUGAAAGACAUGAGGCUGACGGCUGUAGGACUCCACAGCAUCAAGGAAUAAGACUUCAUGAGUUUGUCUCUAAAACAGUAAUAAAACCAGAAUCGUGUGUCCCCUGUGGAAAGAGAAUCAAAUUUGGGAAAUUGUCCUUGAAGUGUCGGGACUGCCGAGUUGUCUCCCAUCCAGAGUGCCGGGAGCGCUGCCCUCUUCCAUGCAUCCCGACGUCAGGGAACACUCCAGUUCGUAUUGGAGAGGGCACUCUUGCGGACUUUGCGCCAUCAACUUCUCCAAUGAUUCCCCCAGUAGUUGUACACUGUGUCAGUGAAAUUGAGCAGCGGGGACUUCAUGAGACUGGUCUAUACAGAAUUUCUGGCUGUGAUCGUACAGUUAAAGAUUUAAAGGAAAAGUUUUUGAGAGGGAAGAAUGUUCCUUUACUCAGUAAAGUGGAUGACAUUCAUGCAGUGUGUGGUUUUCUCAAAGACUUUCUGCGCAACUUGAAGGAACCAUUGCUUACUUUCCGACUCAAUAAAACCUUCAUGAAUGCAGCUGAAAUUUCAGACGAUGAUAAUAGCAUUGCUGCGACUUAUCAAGCCGUCGAUGAGCUUCCUGCACCCAACAGGGAUACUUUAGCCUUCCUAAUGACACAUCUUCAAAGAGUGGCUGAGAGUCGAGACUGUAAGAUGGAUGUGACCAAUCUGGCUAGGGUGUUUGGGCCUACUCUGGUGGGUCACGCAGUCCCUGAUCCUGACCACAUGACACUCCUACAAGAUACAAAACGACAACCAAAGGUAGUGGAACGUUUGAUGUCAUUGCCAGCGGAUUUCUGGAACCAGUUCAUGAUGGUGGAAAACAUGGACCCAUCUCAUGUAAUUGAAAAUACAAAUAUUUUCAGCACUCCUCAGACUCCUGAUGUGAAAGUGAGCAUGUUGGGACCUCUGACAACACCUGAGCAGCAGAUCGCCAAAACUCCCUCCUCAAGCUCACUUUCCCAGAUGGUUAGAUCUACUCUUGGCAAAAACACACCAAAGUUUGGAAGUAAAAGUAAAUCUGUCGCCAGCAUUGGCCGAUCCGCCGGCUACUUCGCCUCUCCUAUACUAAAAUGAGCUGAUGGCGCUCAAUAGACAGUUGCACACCUCCUAAUUUUUAUAAUAUGCUUUUUAAGUCCUACUGGGGAUUUAUUACGGUAGUUUUAAAGCAAAUACUUCAACAUGCAAAGACAAUGCUGCAAAAAAAAAAAAACAUUUUUAGUGCUUUUACCUCUACUUAUUGAAUGCAGAUGUUGGAUAUUUUACUUUUUUUUUUUUAACCUGAUUUUUGUGUAUGGUGUAAACUGUAUACAUUUGACUUUAAAUCAGAAUUUUAGGAAAACCUGUUGAAUACACAGUUGAAAUGGUAGUAUGUGAAUUGCCUUACAUGUCAAAGGAUUUCAAACUUUUCAAGUCGUGUGUGUGUUUUGCAUAUCCAGUCAUGUUGCCUGCUGGUUUAGUUUUGCAGCUUUUAUGUUCCCAUCUUUAGACUGGAAACUUGACAGUGGGGUCUUUUUUUUUU